AUGUUAGGGUUCUCAAAACGACAGAGGGAGCCAGAUGAGCUGACGGGCGAUGAUAAAGAUGGGCCCAGGGGGAACAAGCCGCGCGUCCAGAAAUCACGCCCUCUAGCCUUGCGCACCUCGCCAGAUAACCGAGGACUCUCCUACACCGAAGCUUGCCAGGCGUCAAACCGACCUGGUAUACCUACUUUGACUCCUGCCGAGUCGUCAGAUGAUGAUGACGAUGGCAUCACUAGAACGUUACGCGAUCCUACAACAGCAGCCGUAAACGCCUCGCGUUCUGUUCCGCAGAUCCUCAACUCCUCCGCUCUGGUAUUUAGCACGACGAUGGACGUCGACAGCAUAGGGGAUACCUAUAACUUGACUAGCAAUGAGAUUCCGCACGACUGGCCAGGCAGCACGCCUCGGAACGGAAGCGUUCAACCAUCACCAAUCCCACACAAUCUGGUCAAUCAGUUCCUCAACAUCAGCGAACAACCUAAAGUAUUCAGUAUAUCCGAACAUAAUUCCGCAGGAAAUCCGUCCGCGCAAGUGAUGGAUCAGGCCUUCGUGGAAUCUACGAAUAAGAUCGGCCCUCCUCAAAAGCUGUCUACCGAAAGUAGUCAAGAAACUUUUGGUUCCACUCAGCGUCUCCCAAGUCCAAUCAGCGAGGACGAUAAUGCCGUUUCUCAUGGAAAGUGCUCUACAAGUGAUGCUGAGAUGACAAGUGGUGCAUCUCGAUCAACAUCCCCGGCGCUCUCCCCAUUCCAACGAGACCCGUCGCAGUGGCUUGGCACGACUGAAUCACGACAGCAAGCCACACGGUCCGCCUAUCCAAACGGACCCCAUUCAAACAAGAAGAAGGUAUCCUUUGCCAUGGGAUUUCGAGCUGAUUGCGACAAAUGCCUGCGCAAGGUUCCGGGCCACUACAGCCAUAUUAUCCGCAAUUGA